CCACAGUUACUCCAGCUGAAGAAAAUCCUGCUCCUUUCUCCAGCCUUCACAGCCACCCAUCAUGGCCUCCAGUAUGUCGAUGAGGAGUUACUCCAUGAGCCGUCAGCCCUCCUUUUCCAGUCGCUCUCUGAUGGACACUGGCCGCGCUCGCUCCCGCGCCUCAGUCUCUUUUGCAGCAGCCAGCCCGCUGACCCGUUCAGCUUCUAUCAGCCAGGAUCUCAAUGGGCCAGUCAGCCUCCAACUUAACGGUCUGCAUGGCAACAGCACCAACGACAAGGAAGCUAUGCAGAGUCUCAACAACCGUCUGGCCAACUACCUUGACAAGGUGCGGUCACUAGAGCGCUCCAACGCAGACCUGGAGAUGAGGAUCAAGCAGCUGAUGCUCGACCGCAUUCCCAAAGGUCAUGACCUUGAUUCAAUGAUGGCCCAAGCUCAUGCUGUUGAGCAAGAGGUGAGGAAGAAGACUUUGGAGAAUGCUCGUCUCAUGUUAGAGAUUGAUAAUGCUAAACUGGCUGCUGAUGACUUCAGAAUCAAGUGGGAGACUGAGCUGGUGAUGUGUCAGUCUGUGGAGCGAGACUGUGUUGCUCUGAAAAAGGCCAAGACUGACCACGAGCAGAUCAUUGCCUCUCUGAGGGGAGAUCUGGACAGCCUGAAAGAAGAACUUUUCUUCCUCAAGAAAAACCAUGAGGAGGAACUUGAGCAGAUGAAGUCGCGUAUCGCCAGAGAUGAGGUGAAUGUGGAGGUGGAUUCUGCCAGCGGGCCGGAGCUGGGCACUAUUCUGUCUGAGCUGCGUUCCCAGUAUGAGGGGAUUGUCAGGAAGAACAAGGAGCAGACAGAGCAGUGGUACCGCAAGAAGCUGGAGACGGUGCAGAACGAGGUGAAGGAGAGCAACGAAGCUCUGAGAGGAACCCAGAGCGAGCUGACCGAGAGGCAGCGCUUCCUGCAGACCCUGGAAGUGGAGCUGGAGAGUCUGCACAGACAGAUAGCAGCCCUGGAAGGUAAUCUGGGUGAGACAGGUCAGAAAUACUCUGCUGAGAUGGAGCGGCUGCAGGCCGCCCUGAGCCAGCUGGAGGAUGACCUCUCCCAGCUCAGGCUUGACAUGCAGCACACCAAGACCGACUACGAGCAGCUGCUCCGUAUCAAACAGAACCUGGAGAUGGAGAUCGCCACCUACAGGCGCCUGCUGGAGGGAGAGGAAACAGUCAAACAAGUUCCUCCUCCACCAAAAAAGGAGCCUGAUGUUCGCACCAGGAAGAUUGUGAAGGUGGUGACUCAGACGAUGGUCAAUGGCAAAGUGGUGGACGAAUCCAGCGAGGUGGAGCAAAUCGAGGAGAUCAAGAAAUAGAAUAGUAGGCGGAGGUAAAAAUUACAAUAGAAAGUAGCAAAAUAUGACAAAGUCAUUUGCAAAGUCUGCAAAAUUUUUGAAUAGGGCAUUUUUUGGGCACGUUGCUUUUCUAUAAAUGGUUUUCAGAGAAAUGUCUCCCCUGAGGUUGGCAUAUCAGUGACAAGCUAAGUAACUUUUUUUCUGGAGAAAAUGGUACAAGCAUAACUACAAUAAAAUAUGUCCCGUAUUGCUAUAACUGCUGUAGCUUUGCAUGCUUACAUCAAUUUAGAUAGAUAUGUGUGUGUAAGAGGAAAUGACUAACCAGUGCUAUAUCAUCAUGGGAUUUUACAAAUAAAAUGUUGUGUACUUAACCAAAAUAUGUAUUUCUUAGUGUGGGGAAGUUAACUGUAGUAAAUGUAAUACAUGCCUU